GUGCCAGUAGCAGUUCUCUCAGCACUCCUCAACAAGUUAACUUAAUAAAUGUGACUUUCUGCUCUAACGACGUACUUCCUGCCACUAGGACCCCCCAAAAGCAGAGAGUUAGCUUAGCUUACUUAGUUAUCUGCAGUAAUACAGUACAAACCAUAAUGGCGAGAUCCCCAUUGUCCGUCCAAAAGACAAGAGACAAUGAAGUUUGAGAGAAUAAGCAGCUUGCCGCAGCCUCUUAUCUUAUUUGUGUAUACAACCGUGUUUGGUUGUAUUUUAACUGUUAAUUGAAUUGUCUGCUUUGUACAUUGUGACACAUUUUGCGCAGUAAAAGUGCGGUAAGUGCUGAAGGUCAAUAAAGAUCAUUUCAAAGUCACUCAUUGUCCUCAACAUGUUGAUGAGGUAUCAGCUGAGGUAUGUGGUUUAAUUUACUUACAUUAACAUUAUUAAAUACCAUGUGUCAAUACUGCCAGCUCCUUUAUUGGUGUAAGUAAAUAGGCACAGCUCAGAGCAUUUCAGGCCACAGCAGCUGAAGGUUUAUAAAGACGGGGCUUCCUUUCUCUGAAUCACUCGCUACCUGCUGCUGCAACUGUAACCUUACUGGAUCAUUGCAACAAAGGUAAGACUGCUACUUGUAUACUACUCUGCAUCAUUUAUUAUUUAUUGAAAUUUUGUAUUUUCAACAAAAAGACAUUUUCUUAAAAAAAAUGCUGUGAUUCAUUAAAAGUUUGACAUAAUAUAUUUCAAGAGAUCCAGGCAAUGCUCUCAUUUUUAGCAUUCAUUCUGACAUUUACUUUCCCACAACUUUGAUUAGCACAUUCCUGUUUUUAUUACUGUUGGCCAUUGCAGUAUAAAGUCUUGAGUGUGUAUUUCAUUGUGUCAUUGCUGUAUGGAAUUAUUUACUUUAGUAUUUUAUGUUUACACAGAUGGCAUCCGUUUUUCAUUUUGGCCUGCUCUUGCUGAUUAGUGGACAGCUGCUUCUGACAGCUACAGCUGCUCCCGACCCUGAAGGUGUUGAACCUAAAUGCGCCUCCGGUUGGGUUGAGGUUGAAAAACGCUGUUUGAAGCUCUCGCAGGUUCCAGAAGCCUGGCCAGAUGCAGAUUUUCUCUGCAUGUUAGACAAUGCACAUCUGGUCUCCUUCAGAAAUCCAAAAGAUGCAGCGUUAGUUAGACUUAUGGUCAGUAAGGUGGAUAAAACCAUCACUUCUGUCUGGAUCGGGGCUGUCAUUGUACCUGAGACUGGAAAAUGGAUGUGGACUGACAGCACCCCGGUCCCUAAGGACUUUUUGGCGCUCCUGGAUGACCAGAAUGAGGGAUCCUGCAUGGUCAUGAAGAUGAGUGGGAAAGAGAAAUCCAUUUUCCAAAAGUCAAAGUGUUUGGAAUCUCUACCUUACAUCUGCAGUAAGGACAUGUAAUGGCUGCCAUGUCACAUCUUCCAUGAUGAUGGCAUAAAUGUUAGGCCUCGAUGACAUCAACACUGGAAAGCUUAUUGAUUAUUUUAAUCUACUUUCAAUUAACUGGAAUUGAAAGUGAAAUGAAAUCUGCUUGCAUUA